CUAGCUACUAGCUGAGGACCUCGGUCGAGGUAGUAUAGUUACUUAUUAGCCAUUAGCAGCUGGAACUUGUUGGAGGAGAGAGCUUAGCUUUGAGAGAUAAAAUGGGCGUGGGAAAAGUUCUGAACGACGUGAAGCCGUACCUGGCCAUGGUCCUGCUGCAGGUAGGCUUCGCCGGGAUGUACAUCGUGGCCGUGGCCUCGCUCAAGCGCGGGAUGAGCCACUUCGUCCUCGUCGUGUACCGUAACCUCUGCGCCACCGCCGUCAUGGCGCCAUUCGCGCUCUGGUUCGAGAGGAACGCGAGGCCAAGGAUGACCAUCACCAUCUUCCUCAAGAUAAUGGGGCUCGCCAUGCUCGAACCGGUGCUGGACCAGAACCUCUACUACAUGGGGGCGAACCUGACCUCGGCCGGCUUCGCGUCGGCGCUCAUAAACAUCCUCCCGGCCGUCACGUUCGUCAUGGCCCUGGUCCUGCGCAUGGAGAAGGUGCGGCUGCGGAGCGUGCACAGCCAGGCCAAGAUCGCGGGCACGGUCCUCACGGUCGCCGGCGCGGUGCUCAUGGUCCUGUACCAUGGCCCCGUGGUGCAGUUCCCGUGGUCCAAGGGGCAGCACCACCACGACAGCGCCGGCGGCCAGGGAGCCAACAGUGCCGCCGCCGCCGGCGGCUUCCUCACGGGGAUCAUCACCAUCGUAAUCGCCUGCGUCUGCUGGUCCGCCUUCUUCGUGCUCCAGGCCAACACGCUCAAGAGCUACCCCGCGGAGCUGUCGCUGACGGCGCUCAUCUGCCUCAUGGGGUCGCUCAUGAGCGGCUCCGUCGCGCUCGUCGCCGAGCGCCGCAACACCCAGGCCUGGGUCAUCGGCUUCGACACCCGCCUCUUCACCGCCGUCUACGCCGGCAUAGUGUGCUCCGGCGUGGCAUACUACGUGCAAGGCAUCGUGUCCAGGCAACGAGGCCCGGUGUUCGUCACGGCCUUCAACCCUCUCUGCAUGAUCAUCACCGCCGUCAUGGGCUCCAUCAUACUCAAAGAAGAGAUCACUCUCGGAAGCGUGAUUGGCGCUGCGAUCAUCGUGUUAGGCCUGUACGCGCUCAUCUGGGGCAAGAGCAAGGACAGCGUGGCCGACGUCUCAGCAUCAGGCGGCUCCAAGGGCGCAUCAGCGGCUGCCGCCGUCGAGCUGCCCAUCACCUUGGCGCAGCCCAACGGCAACGGCAACUGCAAGCACGAGGUCGGCAGCGGCCGCGGCGUCGUCUUCGACGUCGAGACGCCGGCGGCCAACAACGGCCAUUACUAGUAGCUACAGCUAGUAUAUCUAUCUAUCUACUACUCCUAAACCUAAAUCAACCUGCCCGGCCGUCAGUUGUAGCUAUAGACACUGACACACGCAGAUAGAAGCGUCCUGCCGCAGGUUAUAUAUGGCUGAUCGAGUGGACGUGGACGCACUGCACAUACAUAUGCCGUGCGAUUUUUUGUUUGUUUUCCGUUUUUGUUAAUUAUUAAUUUCGCCUU